UCUUGCAAGCGGGCUCCCAAGAGCCGGGCACAGCAUCGUGGGCCAGCUGCCGGCAGAGCGUACAACAAUAGAGCGUGUGCCCAGAGCAGCCACUGCCGAAAGACUCGGUUUGGAAGGUGCGGAAAAACCCAGGCUGGGAUGGUGGCGGCAGCAACGGCAGCAGCAGCAGCGGCACCCUGGCUCCGUAAUGACAGCUGGGCCAUGCAUUGUGAGCUGGGAGGCGGGUGAGUGAGAGCAGAGCAGCUGCUCGCCAACUCCCCUCUCCAGCCAUGCAGAGCGCCAUUCACUGGCAUUUGGAAAGCGCCAAGCCAUGGGGGCUGGGCGACGGCGAGCAGGCGCUCACACGGCUUGGCACCUUCAGGAUACUGCUAGGUUGAUAGAAAAAACUCUCCGCUUUAAUAACAAAUGGAAACUUUCUGGAAUCCAGAAGAUUUAUUACAAUUCCCUAAUAAAAAUUGUGGGCGGAUUUGGUACAAAUCCAGGGAAGUUGAUCUGGCCAACCAGUCUGACAACAAACCUUGAAGGUGAUUUGGUAGUGAAAGACAGCGGUACGGGGAAUAUCCAGAUCUACAGCACUGAUGGUCGUCCUAAACAACGCUUUUCAUAUGGAUUCGAACCAGUAAAAGGACUGGGAGAUAUCACCUGCAUGAAAAAUGGUGUGUUACUUGUGACCAGUGGGACUAAGAUCAUCCAGCUCUUCUCUAAGGAUGGGGACCUGAUCCAUGAACUGAAGUCUCCCAAAAUCACCUGGCCUUAUUCAUAUGGGAUAACAGUCCUGAAGUCCAAUAAAAUUGCAGUGUCUGACUGGACCAAUGGAGGAAAAGUCAACAUCAUUGGAGUGGACUGGAGAAUGAAUGCCAUACUAAAGACACAGUCAAUAGAGGGAUUCUACAGGCCAGUGCGUAUGGCUGUCAAUGAGAAUGAAGACAUGCUGGUUGCAGAAGGGCAACUGUUUGGAAGGUUUCAAGGCUGCUGCAUCAAAAUUAUUGACAGGGAUCGAAGCCUGAGAAAGACCAUAGGUCCCCAUCAUGGGAAAAAUUCAGUUUUGAAAACCCUUCUGGAGUCACCGUGGAUGGUCAUGGAAACUUCUUAGUUUCCGAUCAAGGUCAAAACUGUGUUGUGAUGUUUAAUCCUGAUUCAAACCCUCUGUGAUGUUGUGGUGAGUGAGGGCUUGCAAGGACCAAACGAUAUCACCAUCUUGGACCACGGGUUGAUAGCUGUAGCUGACUGUUAUAACCACUGUGUUAAACUCUUCAGGUACAAGUAAGGCACCAACCUCUUUCUGCAGCAAUGGAAUAAAUAUAACAAACACGC